AUAAAAGAUUUCAAUUUUUUCUUCAUUAUGUAAUGUACCUAGGUUAGCAGUGUUAAAAAUACAAAGGCCUUAUUUAGAUAAAGAAAAUACCUUUGAUAUCUUAGUACUACGGCAUAAUCUGAUAUGUUAACAUUAUUUCCCUAUUGCUAUAUUAUUAUAUUACUAUCCAUUUCUGGUCACUUCAAAAAAUAUACAGAGAUAACAGAAUUGUUAUAUUGUACCGUAAUUAUUAUUGUAGUGGGUCGGAGAACCAGACUUGAGGAUAAAAAUGUCUGGAAGAAUGGUUAUGGUCUACCUGAUGUGUAGAGAACUAUCAACUGACGUUUCCCCAAGUACCAUUCAGCAACUCUUCACACCUUGCGUUGCUUUUCGAAUAGUUGGAUCUCCUUCAAAGUUUCAGAGCAAUGUUACAGAAGUUGCUUUUAUUCCCGAGGCUCAUUCUAAACAAGAAAGUACCAGUGGAGAUUCUCUGAGUGUUUCGGAAUAUGUUGCUAUUGGUAUAUCAUCAGUACUUCUUGGACUAAUCUACGUAGCUUCUGUAUUUCUGUACCUCCAUCUAAAGAAAAAAAGUUCAUCUAAAUCCUCCAAUCACUCUCGAAGUGACACUAUAGGAGCCAUGGAAGAAGGAAUAGUUAAAAACAAUCCUUUACUCUCUAUAACACAUCAUUUUGGUCCAUCUGAGAAUGCUUACAGCGACAGUACAAGCUCCGACAAUGAUGUUACACCAGAUCUCAUACAACAUCACGAUACUCAGAUUACAUCAGCUAUAAUUCACUCUCAAAAGAAAUCCCGAUACGAUUAUUCCAAAUCUUAUUCUUCUUCUUCAGAAAGCAGUUAUCAAGAUUCUUCUAGUUUUGAACGUCUUCCUGAAGAAGACGUUUCGAUAGUAGAAACGUUAGAUGAAAGAUCGGAGAGUACAAGAAGUUUAUCUGGAACCGUUAGGAAGAAAUUGUACUUUAAUCCGGCUUAUUUUGAACCACAUUUAUUAAUAGCUCCACCUCCAGCAGCUUUGGAAUUCCUAUCAAAAAUUCGAGAGGUUAUUGCUAUAGCCAAGCAAAAAAUGUCCGCCAAACGUUUUCAACCAUCUUUGCUUAAUAUACCAGAAGAAGAAUCUCAAUAUUCUCUUGACCCAAGUUUCGAUUUUACUCGACCUUCAAGCAGAAUGAGUAGGAAGGGUAGUUUGAUAAAUUUAAAGCGGGAAAACAGCAGAAGGAAAAGCUGUACUGGUUGUCCAGGUUGUGAACCUGAUUAUAUGCGAGGCAAAUUGACGGAGCUUCCUAUACUUCCUGCCUGUCAAAACUGUAGCACAAAUACAGAGAGCAAACAACGGAGCAUCAGAAAAUGGCUAGAAGACGUACCUGUUCCGAGACUUGAUCAAAACAGUAAUGUUAUUGAGCCAAAAAUGAUACGCAGUCCCAAAAGGUUACGUUCACCAGCUAGGUCUUUACCAACGGAAAGUAUCUCAUCAGACAGAGCUCUAUCACCGCGCCCUGCUUCAGAAACUGCUUUAUCAAACAAGAAACCAGUUAGACAAGCAAAACGUAAAGAGAAGGUGAUCAAGAAGCCCAAACAACCUCCACCACCUGCACCACCACAAAUGAAAAGGGCACAAGAAAGAUAUUAUGAUAUGGUUCCGGUAGAGAAGGAAAAGGAGCCUCAACUUCCACCUCCGGAUAUGAUACAAGAAGCUAUCGUCAUGGAGAAAGCUGAAGAAACAAGAAUUCCUACUUUAACGAAAAAGCAGAUGAAUGCAGUCAUAAACGAGUUGACAGUACAUAAACACAUGCUACAAGCAGCUAAUAGGGUUUUGGCAAAGAAAAUUAGUACUGGAUAUGACACAGAUAGCUUAGAAAGAAAUAAUCACAAAGGGUAUUCAACUCCUUCAGAAUAUGCUGAAGUUUCCUCUUCUCAACCUAGUCCAAGUCUAAGUACUGCUCUACCAGUGGAUGAAGAAAUUACAAUGCAGAACGCCAUACUUAAUAAAAAUACUGGCAAUAUGACGUUGUCAAAACUAAAUAUGGAUUUCCUAAACGAAGAUGAUCAUGAUUACGAAUUGGUCGUGAUGAAACGUGGUACUAUGCUUAAUGGAGACUUGUAUAAAUUUCCUGAAUUGCUCCAGAAUAAUAAUGGCUACAGCUUGGUCAGCGAGGUGUAUGUUAACAAUGGAUACAACUACGGUAGUAAUCCUUCCACGGCGACAAACUCCAAUUCUUCAACCUUGGAAAAAAGAGCUUUGAAGAUUAGGUAUGAUGGUGGUAGUGAAAAGCCAGGAAAAUUGCUUAUAGAAGUAGAAGACUGUUUGGACCAUUAUAUUCCAAUAAACGAUUCUGAUGAGUUCGAACCUGAUACUUUAGACCGUCCGAAUAAGCAUGCAGAUAAGAAAACCCUUUGUCAUGAGGAUUCUUUGGAGAGACCUAAUCAAAUCCUACUCAAAACUAACGGCAGUUUUAUAUGCGAGAUAAACAAUGUAAAUAUGGAUGAUUCCGAGAAGAGUAAUUUUAAAAGAGAGUUUGGAAGUUUGAGGGAGAUGUUUGAGGAGAAAAGAAAGCAAGCCAGGGAACAUGAGCAGUUUCACUUGGAUUCUGGUGAUACGGAUAGUGAAGGGAGACUUCUAACUUUAGAAGAAAGACACUUAAAAAGACAGAGAAUUAAAACAACAUCGUCAGGACCCACAGUUCAACCCGAUGUUAUUCCUCCUCCUCCUCACGAUGGUUCUCCUAUAUAUCAGCGUCCAAAACCUCCAAGAAAAGUGAUAAAUGCAGGAACUAAAGAGAAUCCUUCAGGAAAACCUCCAACUCUUCCAAAAAACUUCAUCGACAGGAGUGCCGACUUCAAGAAUAAGAUGCACAUCGCUCAGGUUGACACUCCUGAUACUGACGUCGAGUACAAACUUUGCGUUCUUCAGAAAUCGAAAACUGGCAACAUUACUGAUUUGAUCCAAACGGAAGAUAUAAUUUUGAAGAAGAACCACCAAGACCAGUUCGUUUUACAUUCAAAAAUAAACCAUUCGGGCUAUCAGGUGCCUUUGAAAUUGUCUAAGUUUCCUAAAGAUAAGUACGGGUCUUUGGAGGUCUUCUUGAACAAAAAGAACCAAAAGAAAUCGUGGAAAGGUACGAUGAAACCUGAUGAUUCCGGAUACUUAAGUACAGAUUCUAGUGAGUAUAAAAUAAAGAAGUCAAUGGAAAGGAGAUCUUCGUUGGAGCUGAAUGGUAGCGAAACUGAUGAGAGUCUGGGCGAUGGUCACAGUGAAUCAGGAGCUGAAAGUGUAGAAACACAUUCUGUUUGGUUUUCCAGGAUAUCAGAUAGAAAUUAUUCGGUUUCUAUGGACAGUGGAGUGAUAAAUGUCGAUGAUGGAAACAAUACAAGUGAUUCGGAGACGGUAAGCUACACGACGGUAGUUCCUGUGUCUUCCAACAGUAGUUCGUUGAUACUUAAGUAAAUUUAACAAAUUACUACAUGAUAAUGUAGUAAAAUAAUAUCUAUCUAUAGAUCAUACCAAAUAAACUUUAAGUCACGUGAUUAACCUUGACUGACACAGCGUUGCCCACUUUUACAUAUUUUCUUUAAUCAAAAUAUUUUAGGAAACAA